UCACAUAAAACUCGGAUAAUGGCACCGAUGGAACAUAUUACCGUUCACGGCGGCGGCACCGUCGCAAUGGAGGAGGAGGAGGUAGACGUUAUAGAGAUCCGUUACAGAGGAGUUAGAAAACGUCCAUGGGGUCGUUACGCCGCGGAGAUUAGAGAUCCAAGAAAAAAGAGUCGUGUUUGGUUAGGAACUUUUGAUACAGCCGAGGAAGCGGCCAAAGCUUAUGAUUCCGCCGCUAGGGAAUUUCGUGGAGUUAAGGCCAAAACAAAUUUUCCUACGUCCUCUGAGUUAAUUACCAAUAACCCACCUCCGGCGACACCGCCACCGUUUUCUCCGGCGACUCUUGACCUUAACUUAGCUCGUAUAGGCGCUGGCUGCGGCGGAGGAGAUCGUGGUGGUCAUUUCUCCCGGUUUAAUCAGAUCAGCCGUCAUCAUUAUUGUUUAAACGGACAUAUCUCGAGAUUGGGAAACCCUAAUAUGUACGGAUUUAAUCGGAAGGCGGCCGGCUGCGGCGGCGAUAUUCAUAGGGAAGAUUCGCCUUCUUCAUCUGUUACAAGAAAGUUAAAAGAUCUAGACCUAAAUCUUCCUCCACCACCUGAAACAAUCUAAUGUCCAAUAUUUCAAGUUUUUAAAUUUUUUUUUGAGCCCUUCAUAAGUUUAAUGAAAUUUAUUUUCUUUUAAUAGGUAAAUCUGGUUGUUAAUCAUUUUUGUAUGAGAUUAAAUAUAUAUUAUAUUAAUAUAAUUCACA